CACCAGUUCUCCGGUGACCCGUCGGGGGGGGACGGGAGAGGUUUCCCCCCCCUCAUCACCGUGCGUAAGAUCCGGCCUGGGGGAAAGGAAUGAAUGUUAAUUUCAAAGAUGGCGGCGGAGGGAGGAGGGAAGGAGAUGAACGAAAUUAAAACUCAGUUCACCACUCGAGAAGGCGUCUAUAAACUCCUCACUCACUCCGAGUACAGCCGUCCCAACAGGGUGCCUUUCAACUCACAAGGUUCCAACCCCGUCAAGGUCUCCUUCGUCAACGUCAACGACCAGUCGGGCAACGGCGACAGGAUCUGUUUCAAUGUGGGCCGUGAACUCUACUUCUACAUCUACAAAGGCGUUAGAAAGGCGGCUGACCUGAGCAAGCCCAUAGACAAGCGCAUUUACAAAGGAACGCAGCCCACCUGUCAUGACUUCAACCACCUCACAGCCACGGCAGAAAGUGUCUCCUUGCUCGUGGGUUUUUCUGCUGGACAGGUACAGCUCAUUGACCCCAUCAAGAAGGAGACAAGCAAGCUCUUCAAUGAGGAGAGACUAAUAGACAAGUCCAGAGUAACCUGCGUGAAAUGGGUGCCAGGUUCAGAGAGCCUGUUUCUGGUCUCUCAUGCCAGCGGGAAUAUGUACCUGUACAACGUGGAGCAUACUUGCGGCACCACGGCACCUCACUACCAGCUGCUGAAACAAGGGGAGAACUACUCUGUACAUACUUGUAAGAGUAAAUCCACGCGGAACCCUCUCCUUAAAUGGACAGUGGGGGAGGGUGCUCUGCAUGAGUUUGCCUUCUCUCCAGAUGGGAAGUUCCUAGCCUGUGUGAGCCAGGAUGGCUUUCUACGAGUCUUCAACUUUGACGCAGUAGAGCUUCAUGGCACGAUGAAGAGCUACUUUGGUGGCUUGCUGUGUGUGUGCUGGAGCCCCGAUGGCAAAUACAUAGUUGCGGGUGGAGAGGACGAUUUAGUGACUGUGUGGUCGUUUUUGGACUGCAGAGUCAUUGCUCGAGGCCAUGGGCACAAGUCUUGGGUCAGUGUGGUGGCAUUUGACCAUUACACCACCAGCGUGGAGGAGAGUGACCCAAUGGAGUUCAGUGGCAGUGAUGAGGACUUCCAGGAUCAGAUGAUCCACUUUGGACGAGACCGGGCCAACAGUACGCAGUCGCGACUUUCCAAGCGCAACUCCACCGACAGCCGGCCUGUUAGCGUCACAUACCGGUUCGGCUCAGUGGGCCAGGACACUCAGCUGUGCCUAUGGGACCUCACAGAGGACAUCCUUUUUCCCCAUCUUCCACUCUCACGGACACGGACACACACUAACGUGAUGAAUGCUACCAGCCCGCCUGCGGGUGCUACGAUAAUCACUAACACCUCUAGUCACACCACUAAUGGAAACAACAGUGGUGCCAAUACUCCUGGCAUUAACUCCCUCUCUACGGCAUUACCCCGCUCCAACAGCCUGCCCCAUUCAACCAGCACCACAGCAACGGCCAACAACACCAACAAGGCGGGCAGUGGUAUUAUGGACAGUGCCAUUGCCACUGGUGUGAGUAAGUUUGCCACGCUAUCACUCCACGAUCGGAAGGAACGCCACCACGAGAAAGACCACAAACGCAACCACAGCAUGGGUCACAUCAGCAGCAAGAGCAGCGACAAGCUCAACCUGCUGACCAAAACUAAAACGGACCCUGCUAAGACUCUGGGCACUCUGCUCUGCCCGCGCAUGGAGGAUGUGCCCCUCCUUGAGCCCCUCAUCUGUAAAAAGAUAGCACACGAGAGACUGACUGUACUCAUAUUUUUAGAGGACUGUUUAGUGACUGCUUGUCAGGAAGGAUUUAUUUGCACAUGGGCGCGGCCAGGCAAAGUGGGUUUAUUGUCAUCCCAAAACCAAGCCAGCUCUCCCAGUGGAACAGUAGUAUAGCCACAAUAUUUCUGCUGCUAAAGAACACUGCAACCCAGAUUCUGAUGCCGCUCUUCACCCUGCAGGCAUUGCAAGUUUCCUUUUCUUUUAUAAACCUCCCCACCCCCAGAUUUUGUUUCCUUUUGUGUUCAAUCACUCACUUGACCUAGAGGAGGAGGAGGAGGAGGAGGAAGGAUGAACCAAGAAAGGGUGGUGGCAUUUUGGACGAUUGUGCUUUUGUCCUUGAGUUUUAACACAUUUUAGAUUUAAAAGAAAUAAUCUCUUUCAUUUCAAAUCUUGUCAGACUGUUGUCCCCUCUGGGAAUUAAUUCUUGCAUUGUUAGAAUCAAACAAGACAAUUGUGGCUUGAAACUAAAGGGAUAAUUCAUUUAAUUUCCGUAAUCUGUGUUAGGGUUAGGUUAUUGACUGAAAUAUAUUUGGAUAAACUAUCCCUUUACCACAAAGUGUGUAAGCAUUGCCAAAUAUUGCAUCCAUCCACAUUGACCCACCCUUUGUCUUUUUUUAAAUUAAUUUUUGUCUCCCCAUCAACAACUUUGCACUGAUUUUGUUAUUGUUUGUUUUUAUAACUACUCUAAUGGAACAAAAGAGUUGAGGACUGCCUUGUUGCACUUGGGCUUUAUUAUCCUUCACUUUAAAUCUGAAUCUAUAUAGUUCUGCAAUCAGUCUUUUUAAAGAAAAUAAAUGUUUGCACUUAAUUUAGUUUAUUAGAAGAAAAUUGCUUUACAUUUUGGGUAUGCUCAGAACUCUCAGAUGGUUGAUAACAGUAGGUGAAGGAAAAAGGAUAAAAAAUCAAUUGAGCAUCUAUUUUAAUAUUAUUUCAGAUUAAAAUCUGCUUUGUAUUAUAAUGUGAGUAUUGUAAUUAAUUUGAUGCCCUAAGCAAACUACCAUUUCUCCAGUGGCAGUUUUGUCAUGAUAGUUAUAUUUCUAAAGCAUACAUAUAAAUAAUAUUAAAAUAAUCUUGAAUACA